AGUAACACUGGCUGCAUCAGAAAGUAAAGAUGGCUUCGAACAGUUCAGUUCAGAUUGGUAUCAUUCCUGAGUUCUGUGCUGAUACGGACGACUGGACCGUGUACAAGGAGAUAUUGGAGGAGUUUUUCCAGGCCAAUGGAGUUCCGGAGAGCAAUAAAGUGUCGGUGUUGAUUAGCGUGAUUGGAAGCGAAACGUAUCGAAUACUGCGCAAUUUGUGUCACCCAAAUUCACCGCGAGAUCAGCAGUACGACCAGUUGUGUGUGUUGCUUUCAAAACAGUUCAUUCCGGAGAUCGCGGUGUUUCGCGAGAGAGCAAAGUUUUACCGAGCGGAGCAACAGCGUGGCGAAGAUGUCAAGUCGUGGUUUGCCCGAUUGAAAAUGUUAUCAAUUUCCUGUAAGUUUGGUGAACAGUUGGAUUCGUUGUUGUUGGAUAAGUUCAUCGUCGGAUUGACUCCCGGGCCGGUCCAGGAUCGUCUCUGCGAGGAGAACGAACAUUUAACUUUGAAGGAGGCAGUUGAUCUGGCAGCCAAUCGUGAGUCUGCUCUGCAGGAUGCCGAUAUGGCUGAAGAUUUGGGUGAGUUGAGUUUGGAUGAUCACCGACGGCGCCGGAAGCGGGGCAGACAUGGCCACCAUCAUCGUCCUGAGUCACGAUUUGGAUAUGAAGUUGAUUUCGGUCAUGGCCCACAUCAUCGCCAUCAUCACCGUCAUCAUCCGCACCAUUUUGGUCCCAUGGGCGGUCGGCACGGACCACCACCGCCUCAUUUUGGACCGAUGGGUCGACAUGGACCACCACCACCGCAUCAGUUUGGUCAUAUGGGACAUUUCGGUCCACCGGCACAUGGCUUCGGUGGAAUGGGAUUCGGUCCAAUGGAUCGUCGUGGACCGCCUCCACCGCCGGAUUUCAGUGGAUGCCGUGGUCGUGGCAUCAAACGUUGGAUGAAGAAGUGGCACAAGUACGCCCGGAGAUCCCGAUCCAGUAGCUCCAGUUCGUCCAGUUCCAGCUGUAGCAGUUCGAGCAGCAGCUCGAGCAACUCCAGCAGCGAUGAAGGUGUAAAGCGACGCAAACAUUACAAAAAACACAAGAAAGGACACCGCCACGGAAAGUUUGGUCACAAACAGUGUCAUCGAAAGCGACAGGCCCUGCAACUGGUAGAUCUCACUGAUCAGGAAGUUACGGAAACCACGGAACCGGAGCAGGUCAAGAAAGGACAUCGCUGUCGCGGCAGACGUCAUCCAUCGAAGGAUAAAACUGCUAAAGCAACACCCGCCGAGCCGUUGGUGGCCGUCAACUCCGAACCGGAGAUGCUCGAAUGAAUCUGAUUAUGGAAUUGACAUAUUGUAUGCAUUUAUUCGAAUUACAUAGCCAUUCCUUAAAAAACCAAAAAAAAAUAAUCAUAGAAUAUCUAAAAAACUGUAUUUAAAAAUGAGAAUAAAAAGUUCAAAACUCCUUAAAAA